AUGUCAGAUGAUGAGAUUAAGCAGUUGUGCUUAAUGGAUAUAGAUAAGAUCUUACAUUCCUAUGGUAAAACCUUGAAAGACUAUCCUCCAAUGCCUUUAGCAACUGAAGUUGAUAAUUCUUUGUUAACCGAAAGGGUUAUUAGGGAAGAGCUAAACUUUAACAGGGAUGAUUUAAAGAAAAAUGCCUCAGACAUGUUAGCCAUCGCAACACCUGAGUGGAGAUAUGCAUUCGAUAAAAUUGUUACAGCUAUUCGCUCAAGGGGUGAUAUAGUGUUAAACGUUGCUUCGAGUAGUAUUGCAUCUUUACUUCUUCCCAAUAGAAGAACGGCACACUCAAGGUUCAAAAUACCGCUGAAUGUAACUGAGGAUUCUGUAUGUAACAUCAAACCUGGUUCUCCUCAAGCAAUGUUGCUGUUGAAAGCCAAACUUAUAAUUUGGGAUGAGGCUCCAAUGGUUAGUAGGUACUGCUAUGAAGUGCCUGAUAAAUGCUUGGGUGAUAUCAUGAGGUGUUCUCCAACAUAUAGCAAAGAUUUGCCCUUUGGAGGAAAAGUGGUUGUACUAGGUGGAGACUUUAGACAAAUUCUUCCUGUCAUUUCACAAGGACCGAGACAAGAUAUCGUUCAUUCAACCGUAAAUUCGUCUUACCUUUGGAAGUUUUGUCAGGUGCUCAAACUAACAAAAAAUAUGAGACUCUCUGUAAGGACGACUACUUCAGAUCAAGAUGAGACAGAGCAAUUUGGUGAGUGGUUAUUGAAAGUUAGUGAUGGUCUAAUAGGUGACAAUAUGGAUGAAAAUAUGUCCUCAAAAGAUUUUUUCAAAGCAAGAACUAUACUGGCUCCCACACUAGACAUCGUUAAAGAGGUCAACAACCAUCUGAUGGCUAUCAUUCCUGGAGAGAAAAAAUUAUAUCUUAGUUCGGAUUCCAUUUGUAUGGAUAAAGGGAAUAUGGAGAGUCAGCUAGAUCUCUAUGGUCCUGAAUUACUGAAUAGCAUAAAUUACUCUGAUUUGCCUCCACAUAAAUUAAUACUCAAGAUUGAAUGUGAAGUCUUAACGGGUAACAAUGUUGGUCAUAUUGCUUUGAUUCCAAGAAUGAAUAUGGUACCAACAAAUGAAACCGUCCCAGUUAGAUUCUAA